AUAAUGGUGCCGGCAUUGGUGAAAAAGACCGCUAGAAGACCAGAUGUACGCCAGAAGAUCGAUUAAAUCCUCGGUAUCCGUGCCCUUAAUUCAGGUGCAGUGCAAAGGACCCAAUGGUUCAGGUCCUGAGUGGUUGCCCCUCAAACAGGAUUGGAGCAACCGGUGGUGCACACUUCCCGAUCGAUUUACUGAGGAGUUUUCGCAGCGGAUUUAUGACUUCAAACGCGAGACAGCGAUGUGGAUGCAGGAAUUGGCUUGGCUUUUGCUUAAUGACAUGAAUUUUGAAGCAGCUCAAAGCAGUUAUACAAUGAUACGAAGUCCAUACUUAGAGAAAUCAGCUAUAUACUCUGAUGGGGUGGAUUACAUAUCGCUGUGCAAUGAUAUUCAAACUAUCCUCGAUUUAUCAAAUCGCAUUUGCCUGCACAACUGUUGCCCCCGCAAUUCUGGAAGAAGGGUUGCAAAAUUAUUUACUUGGCCCGAAAUCCUAAGGAUGUUGUGGUUUCGUCCUUUCACUUUCUGACUGGACUCGAUUUCUGGCGUGGCAGCUUGGACGAAUUCGUGGAUGACUUCGUUGCUGACAAGAUGGCUUUUACCUCAUACUGGGCACACGUUAUCGACUUUUAUAGAAUGCGCAAUGAAGAGAACGUUUUCUUCGUUACCUACGAGGAAAUGAGUCGAAAUCUCAAAGAUGUGGUUCUGAGAUUAUCGCGGUUUUUGGACUGCAAAGAACUAAGCGAAAGUGAAAUGGAUAAACUCCUUACGCACUUGAACUUUAAAAACAUGAAAGGAAGGAAGUUUGGAAACAGCACUGGCUUGUUGUCAACUCUCCGAAAAACCAAGGAUGAUUUUAAUUUUAUGCGGCGUGGAAUUGUUGGUUCGUACAAGGAUGAGUUAAGUCCUGAGAACAAGGAUAAGAUUGAUAAAUUAACCGAGAGGUUUUUGGAAGAAUAUGGAGUUACCGAAUCCGAAAUAUUUGGUUCAAUAAAAUAAAAUAUUAUGAU